UAUAAUCCACUUUUUUUUUUCUUCCUGAAUCAAUAGUAUGGCCGACCUAAUGAAAUCAUUUCUCCACAUUACCAGUGGCAAUAUUAUUCACAAUAACCCUUUGAUCAUGUCUGAUAUACAAAUUAUGGGGGAGAUUUAUUCAACCCAUGUCCAUAGUGACACCAAGUUUGAUGUUGAAUCUCUUUUCAACAUUGCUGCAAACAUUCUUAGGCGUUCAACCUAUAUUGUUGAAAACGUUGUGCAAGGAAAUCAAGGAGGUCUGGAGCCAUUGGAUAACACACAUCCCCCUGCUAGCUUCACUCCACCGUUGUGUAUUUUGAAGAAAAUUAAUUCUGAGAUGUCAUGCAAGGCUCCGGGUGAGAAAAUUGCUUACGAAACAACACUAACAAUCCUGAAAAAGCUCUCAAACAAUUUAUGGGUUGAAAAAGGAGUGCUAACUCUUUCUGCUUUUGCUAUUGAAUAUGGUGAGUUCUGGAAUCUAUCACAACAUCUACCAACAGAACCACUUGCCAAAUCAUUAGCCAUAAUGAAAAGAGUGCCUCAACUCACCAAAACUGAAGCACUGAAAAAACAUCGCAAUGAAAUUUUGGAGCUCAACAAUUUGAUCAAGGCAACAUGGAAAGUGAUUGAAAUCAUCAUUGAGUUGGAAAGACUCAACUCACUUCAUGACAUCAAGAAAGUGCCAGCUCUUGCACUAGCAUUGGAAGAAUUCCCGGUUGAUGUGUUUUGGGUUAUCAUCACCAUUGUUACAAUUGUUACUCAGAUUGAAUGUCUCACUACUGAUUCGAAUUCAAGGCAGAAGUUGUCUCAAUUUGGUCAUAAGAUUAGCAUCAUAAUCAACAAAUUGACGAACCAUGUGGCACAAUGCACUAUAUAUAUUGAUGAAGCAGAGUAUAUCAAGUUACUCAAAAAGCUCUUUCAAACCCCGACUGAAGUCAUGGAAGUGUUUAAAGUGCUGAUUUUUCGGAAAGACGCUCCAAAAGAAUCCAUCUAUGAUGGUUCCACCAAAACACUGGUUGAUAUUGAAGUGUUGAAAAAGAAAGAAGUGUUCUUGUUCAUUUCAACCCUAAACAUUAGCCAAGAAGACAUCUCCAUUUUGAUUCCAAUUUAUGACCAUUUAAAGGAAACAGGAAGCCAGUACAAGAUUGUGUGGAUUCCCGUUGUGGAUGAAUGGACUGAUAAGUUGAGGAAAAAAUUUGAUUCUUUGAAGUCAAAGAUGCCUUGGUAUGUUUUGCAUCACUUUGCACCAAUUAAAGGCAUCAAGUACAUAAAGGAGGAGUUGCAUUUCAAUCAGAAGCCUUUGGUUGUUGUGUUGAGCCCACAAGGAAAGAUUCUGCAUCAUAAUGCAUUCCAUAUGAUUCAAGUUUGGGGGGUAAAGGGUUUUCCUUACACCGAAGACAAAGAAAAAUCAAUAACCCAGGAAUUAAAGUGGGUUGUUUCCUUGUUGGUUGACAUUGAUAUACAGAUUAAAUGGGAGGAGGAGAAGUUUGUUAUCAUUUAUGGAGGUAAAGAUAAGGCAUGGAUCCAAGAAUUCACCAAGUUUGCUACUGCCCUAGCAAAUGAUACAAAUAUUAAGCAGGCAAAGACUUCAAUUGAGUUGUUAAGCUUGGAGUCUCAAAAGCCAAAUGUGGUUAACAAAUUUUGGACAAAGGUGGAGAGUUUGUUUCUCACCAAGAUGAAUAAUAAUGAUACAACAGACAGUGUAAAACAACAGGUUGAGAAAUUGCUUUCGUACAAGAAUGAGACAGGGUGGGCAAUUGUAACCAAAGGUUCUAUUGUGAUUGCUGUUGGCCAUGGUACUACAGUGUCGAAAACAGUGUCCGAGUUUGACAAAUGGAAAGAAGUGGCAAUUAAAAAGGGCUUUGAACAUGCAUUUAAUGAACAUCAUAAGAAGGUUGCUCCUUCCUUUCAUCUUUGCUCUCACCUUGAGAUUCAUAAAGUUGCUGGAAAAAUCCCAGAUUUUGUUGAGUGUCCAGAUUGUCGUCGCAGAAUGGAAGUGUUUAUUACCUACAAGUGUUGCCAUGAUGAGGAUAAGACUUAUUAAUGGUGAGCAUUAGCAUUGGAGUGUUGCUAUGUGUUAUGUUCAAUUGUUGCAUUUUCUUCUGAGUUUCAGUUUAUGUACCCCUUAUGGGAUGUAGCCAUGAGUCCUGCAUUAUUGUUGAUCACAGUAAGAUCAUGAAUGCAACUAGAAUAAGGCUAUUUGUUAAAUUUGCUUAUUUUGCUGUAUGAAUAAUAAAAUGUUAUUUUAACCUAAAGAUUUCACUUUUGAGAUUUU